AUGGUAAAAAUUUAUCAAAUAUAUCUAGUUUUAUUUAAUAUUUUACUAUUAAUUUGUUAUUGUAAAAAUUUUGAUGAAGAAUAUUAUACAAUUAGAAAAAUAAGUAAUGGUUUUAUUAGAGGAAGAAUAGGAAAAGGUGAUAAAAAUGAAACAGGAUUUGUAUAUCUUGGUAUACCAUAUGCAAAACCUCCUAUUAAUGAUUUACGUUAUAAAAAACCACUACCUCCAGAUAAUUGGAAUGGUAUAAAAAAUGUAACAAAAAUAGGAAAAGUUUGUUUAUGGGAUUCUGGUGAAACAAGUAGAAAAUGGAAUCCUGAAGAAAUGUCUGAAGAUUGUUUACAAAUAAAUGUUUAUACAAGUAAAUGGUGUAUUGACAAUGGAGGUUGCCCUGUACUUCUAUAUCUUCAUGGUGGUCAAUACAUUUUUGGUGGUACUGACUUAUUAAAUGAAAAAAGUUUGAUUGAAAAUUUUGCAAAUGACAAUAAUAAAGUAGUUUUUACAUCAAUUAACUUCCGCCUUGGUUCUUUGGGAUAUUUUUCAUUAAAUGGAAGAUUAAAUUUAUCAAUGGAUACCAAUGUUGCAUUAUUUGAUGUUUUAAGAGCAUUAAAAUGGAUUAACAAAGAAAUUGAUAUUUUUGGAGGUAAUCCAGGUAAUGUUGCUUUAAUGGGACAUUCAGCUGGUGCUACAGCAGCUGCUUAUGUUUAUACUUCACCAAGAUCAGUUGGUUUAAUUCAUAGAAUAAUAUUUCUUGGUGGACCAAUAACUUAUCCUUAUUUUAAAAAUGCUAAUGAAGAUUAUAGUAGAAAAGUUUCUAUUUUAGCUAAUUGUAGUAAUUAUAUGACAAAUUGGAAUUCUAAAAAUGACAUUGAAAUUGUAUUAUAUUGUUUAAGAAAUGUUAAUGGUAUUGAUAUUGUAAAAUCUCAAAGAAAAGUUGAUGAAUAUGGAUAUAGAAUAUAUGGACCAGUUUCAGAUGUUGGUAUAGAUUCUUUUAUGAUAGAACCAUGGAGUGAAUUAAUUAAAAAAAGACCAAAAAUACCCAUAUUAGUUGGUGGAACAAAAUAUGAAAUUCAAGAAGGUACUGCAGCAUUAAAAACUUUAACAAAUAAUACAAUAAUUGUUGACAUUGAUAAGCUUAAAAUUCUUUGUCGAACAUAUAUAUAUUUAUAUACCAUGAAAGAUUAUGAUAAGGGAAUAGAUAAAUGUAUAGAAAUGUAUAAAAAUAGUAUUAAUAAAACAAUGUCUAUCUCUGAUGAUGCAUUAUUUUUUAAAACAAAUUAUUAUCUAUGCAAUGAAGCAACGAAAAUUGGUGGAAAUGCAUAUUUAUAUAAAUUUGACUAUGAUAAAAUUGGUAAUGCAAUAAAAAGGUAUAAUCUUUCAUUACCAGAACCAUAUCAUGGUAAUGAUCUUAUUUAUAUAACAGGAGAAAAAAAGAAUAUUUUUAAAGAUAUCGAUUAUAAGAUUCAAGCAAUUUAUAUAAGAAUGUUUAUAAAUUUCUUAAAUAAUGGUGAUCCUAGUGAUAAAGAUAUUAAAUUUGAAAAAUAUAAUGAAAAAAAACAAAAUUAUUUUAUAUUUGAUUUUAAAAAUGAUAAAAAUUUAUCAUUAAUUGGUAUGAAAAAUGGAUAUCACAAGGAUGAUAUUAAAUUUUGGGUUAAUGAUAUAUUUAAAAUACCUGGUGGUGCUUCUCCUAAAGAAGAUGAAAGUGAUUGGAUAAAAUAUUCACCAUCAUAUUUUGCAUUAACAACAGGAAAAGAUGUUGGUAAUUUUACCUAUCCAGAAUCUUAUUGGAAUAUUACAGUAAAAAAUUUAAGUAGUACUGAAAAUACCAGUAAUGUUUCUUCUUCAAAAUAUUUCAAUGAAAUUGCUUUGCUUUUUUUUAUUGCACUUUUUAUUAGAAAAUAA